GCCGCGAAUCGCGCCGCCCGCUAGCAUGAGGAGGAAAAAACCCGUGGAGCAUAAUUCCCGUUCCAGCUGAAAACCUGAACGGGAGCAACCGACAGGCUGUAACCCCCGACCCCCGGUGUGCAGAGGAAGGGGAGAAGCCGCCAGCCCAACAGGGUCCUUCUUGCUGAGCUACCCGAGCCGGGCUCCGGGGGUCCCCCCUUGCUACUAGCCGCCGCCGGGGAUAAUGGGGGACCCGUAUCUCAAGCCGUCCUGUAAGCAACAGAACCGGGGCUGAGGGCAGAGAGGAGCAGGUCCUGAGCCGCACGAGGAAGCUGCCUCCUCCUGGGGAUUGGGGUGCCUGGUGCUCGCCGAUCGCUUCUCCGCCCAUGUGCUCGACUUGUGCCCAGCUGAACAGCCGAUAGUGAGACCCGGCUGGAAAGAGACUCACUUGCUGGGUGGGGGGAUUAGGAAGGGCAGGGGGUCAGGAGGCUGCCCCUGCCGUUCCCCGCCUUACCAGGGGUGCACUGAGCCUGGGAAGAGAUGCCUUUGUGCCCGGUCCUCGCCAAAGGAUAGCACCGUGGAGGAGCAGGAAGACAGGGAGGAGAGGGGCAAGCACCUGUCCUUCUCAUUGCAGGCUUUGCAGCUAGUUUGCUCGGAAUACAUCGGUUUUCCCCCUCUGACAUACAGGUGCAGCAGAGGGAAGUGGAAUAAGGGAGAUACAGAGCGAGCUGCACAAAGGUAAAACGGGACUGCAUGUCUUUGUGUGGCUCCUGGUUUUAAGGGGGGCGGGGAGGGAAGGGAAGGUUCUGCCUAUUAAAUAGGGAGCGAUUGGAAACUAAGGGGUUGCAAAAAGAAAAAGAGGAAGCAUCUGAAAAAAGGGGAGUGAGGGGAGAAGUAGGAAGGGAAAGAAACUAGGAGGUAAGAAGAGAAUCAGAAAGAGAAAGGGAGACAGAAAAGUGCAGAAGGGCCGAGAAACAGGGAAGGAAAGAGGCAGGGAGAGAGAAGAGUAGAAAAGUAGAGAGUGAAGGGGAGAGGCAGACCCUCGCCCCCUUGUGCUGUGCAAGCCUAGUGGUGCCUCCUUUCUAGUGACUCUGGCUAGCUCCUCCAUAUUAUGUCUGCACUCCGAAGGAAAUUUGGGGACGAUUACCAGGUAGUGACCACCUCUUCCAGUGGCUCAGGCUUCCACCAGCAGCAAGCAGCAGCAGCUGCUCCUAGAAGAAAGAGGCAGCGAUUUGUGGACAAGAAUGGUCGUUGCAAUGUGCAGCAUGGCAACUUGGGCAGCGAGACAAGCCGCUACCUAUCGGACCUGUUCACCACCCUGGUGGACCUCAAGUGGCGCUGGAACCUCUUUAUCUUCAUUCUCACUUACACUGUGGCCUGGCUUUUCAUGGCCUCCAUGUGGUGGCUCAUUGCCUACAUGCGGGGUGAUCUGAACAGAGCCCAUGAUGAUAACUACACUCCCUGUGUGGCCAAUGUCUACAAUUUCCCCUCUGCCUUCCUGUUCUUUAUUGAAACUGAGGCCACCAUUGGCUAUGGCUACCGCUAUAUCACUGACAAAUGCCCCGAGGGUAUCAUCCUCUUCCUCUUCCAGUCCAUCCUGGGCUCUAUUGUGGAUGCCUUCCUCAUUGGCUGCAUGUUUAUCAAGAUGUCCCAGCCUAAGAAGCGGGCAGAGACACUGAUGUUCAGUGAGCGUGCUGUCAUCUCCAUGCGGGACGGCAAACUUACCCUUAUGUUCAGGGUAGGCAACCUUCGCAACAGCCACAUGGUCUCCGCGCAGAUCCGCUGCAAGCUACUUAAAUCUCGGCAGACACCUGAGGGCGAGUUCCUCCCUCUCGAUCAACUUGAACUGGAUGUAGGUUUUAGCACAGGGGCAGAUCAACUUUUUCUUGUUUCCCCACUUACAAUCUGCCAUGUGAUUGAUGCCAAAAGCCCCUUCUAUGACCUCUCUCAGCGAAGCAUGCAAACUGAACAGUUUGAGAUUGUCGUCAUCCUAGAGGGCAUUGUGGAAACAACUGGGAUGACAUGUCAAGCCCGAACUUCAUAUACCGAAGAUGAAGUUCUCUGGGGUCACCGUUUUUUCCCUGUGAUUUCCUUAGAGGAAGGAUUUUUUAAAGUAGACUAUUCCCAGUUUCAUGCAACAUUUGAAGUCCCUACUACACCCUACAGUGUGAAAGAACAGGAAGAAAUGCUUCUUAUAUCUUCCCCUUUAAUAGGACCAGCUGUAAGUAACAGUAAAGAAAGGAAUAAUUCUGUAGAAUGUCUAGAUGGUCUAGAUGACAUUAGUACAAAGAUACCCUCAAAACUGCAGAAAAUGACUGGAAGGGAAGACUUUCCCAAAAAACUACUAAGGAUGAGUUCUACAACCUCUGAAAAGGCCUACAGCAUUGGGGAUUUACCUAUGAAACUUCAGCGAAUAAGCUCAGUUCCUGGCAACUCAGAAGAGAAACUGGUAUCUAAAACUACAAAGAUGAUGUCAGAUCCUAUGAGUCAGUCUGUGGCUGAUUUGCCACCAAAGCUUCAAAAAUUGUCAGGAGGAGGAGCUAGAAUGGAGGGAAAACUUCCACCCAAAUUGAGGAAGAUGAAUUCUGAUCGCUUUACAUAACAAGAAUAGACAUUUAGAUAUUAUUUAAAGUUUGAAUUAUUAGUCAAUCCAAUUUGGGCAGGAAAGCAAACUCUGAAGAGGGUAUAAUAGCUAAAAGGUGAAAGUUUCCUAAGCACUACAUGCAAACUGGGACAGCAGUGUUCUUCCCAGAUAAUGAUGUACUGUAAGUAUAAUGUUAUGAGGAAAGACCUGAAGUCCUGACUGAGGUCAUAGGAGAGCAAAUAUUAAUUGGCAUGUAGUAUCACAACAAGCAUGCAAUAAUAGUGUGCAAUUUUUGCAUAUAGUUUUCUGGCAUGAUUCUUACUAUAUUUAUAUUGUAUAUUCUGAAAAUAUGUAAAGGGGCGGGUGUUAUUCUCCCCUCUAUUUCUUAAGGGUAAGUAGUAGGUAAAACAUGAGUAGGAAAGUUUCAGGGCAAGUUAUAAUUUAAUUUAAAGUGUAUUUAUUUUUUCUGAUGUAGAUUGUGAUGUUUUGUUCAAACAAAGUAGUUAUGGUGCAUGUUUUCUUUCUUAAAAUAAGGCUAUAAGCAUUAGUCAAUUCCAAACACCAAAUUUCUUAGCCUUAAAUUAUUUGCUUUAAUAAUGUCUUUGUUUUUUUUCCUACCAUUACAAUGCUGGGAGAAUUUAAAGUGUACUUCAUAAGAGGUAUUAGCAAAAAAUUGUACUAUUUAGGGCUGGGCAAAAUAUCUCAAAGUUUGUGUUUUAAGUACAAAAUUUAAAAUAAAAUCAUGAGAUCAUCUUCUUUGAUGACUAAUAAUAAUAGUGUAACAAAACAUUCAAAAUGGGCACAUCUGCUUGAUUUUCUUAUGUAAGUGGUAUCAGUCUGAUAGGAAAAUGUAAAAUCGACUGCUUAGACUUUGAGUGAAAUUUUGUCCCAAUUACAUCAAAGGCAAAAUACCGAUUAGCUUCAAUGGGGCUGGGUUUUCACUCUCCACAUUUGGGACCCAGUCAUGCAAACUGUUACUUGUGCAUCAGUGGGACUACUUGUCUGAUUAGGGACUACUCACUUGAGUAAGAGUCUGCAGGAUCUUUUGCUUUAGUUUUCCAACCAAAUUGGAAUUUCACAAUCAGAAUUAUUUUUUCUGAAUUUUCAAAAAUUGCUAAAUCACUUACUGAAACGGCAAAAAAUGUUAAUGCGCUCUUAUUGUCGACAAAGUCCAUCUAGGCAACUUUCUCCUCUCUUUUAGGGGAAUUUUUCUCUCUUGCUUUUUGAAGUGCAAGAGGUCAAUUCUUCAUAAAUGUAUUUUUGAACUUGUUUUAUUUUUCAUUUCACUUCGUUCUAAAUUCUCUUGGCAGAGAUGAGCCAGCCUGGUAUAGGUACCGCCAGCCCAACCAUGGGUAGGUAGUAUUUUGGUACCGAUCCUCUGCUUGGAGUUGUCCUAGUUCUUCCACUAAAAGUUGAACUUCUGUAUAGCAUACAUCACAGCAUCUGGAAAUACUCAUUCAUUGAUGCCAUAUCAUUACUAGAAGUGGUGCUUUGGCACAGUAUCUGUAUCUGGUUUGGCGUUUCAGGAAUAGGUCUGGCUUUCGGGGUAUCUUCAGGCAGUGAGUAUUUCUGUGUUGGCUCAUCUCUAUUCUGUUCAUAAAAGGGUCAGUGUCAUUAAUUUAACCAUAAAUGUGUAGCUGGUGCACUUUUGGAAACAGGGUCAUUAAAUAAGACAACAGCAAAAAUAAUAGUAAUAAUUACUAUUAAUCCUGAUCUCAAAGUGUGGGAUGUAAUUUUUUUGUAAUUAUCCAAAAGUACGGUAGUACCACAGUGAACAGGAAUCUUUUUACUUUCAGAACAUACAUUGUUAUUUUGAUAACUGUGUGGUGUUAACUGAUUUCAAAGGGCGUUGGACCAUCUUAAGUGAGAGAGUGCACAUUUGUAGUACUGUGUAAAGAAGUAGUAAUAAUAGCAGAUCUACCAAUAUCUGGAAAAAAUAUUUUUUUAUUUUAUUUUGUAAUUGGUUGUAAGGAAUGAAAAAUAGGGAACCUACAUUGCUAGAAGUGUUGAUCCAAAUAUAACAAAUGAUACACAACACUGUUCACCAUCUGCUAAUUGUGUACUUAUGGAUUUCACAUUUACUUACUGAGUUUUUCAGAGUUUAUAAUGAUCUGUGAUCUACAUUGCAUGCUUGUUAGACUUUUGGCUAAACUGUCAGCCCUUUGCACAUUAUUUGGGGUGUGUAGUAGUACCAUGCUGUAAAUGCCUGGUGAGCAAAACUGUGAUGCGUUAAAAGAUUAAUUCUGACAGCUUCAUUGUCCCUUUGGUGUUGAUACUUUAUGACAGGCAUUCUUACAAAAUACAUUUGACAUCUGUGCCAUUCAGGUCUGAAAAAGUCCUGUCAAAGCAAUUUUUGGCACCUCUUAUUCCAUUGUGUAAGUUUCUGCAGUGUGGAAUGUUUUUUUAAAAAAAAAAAAUCUUACCCUUAAGAUAUUAACUUUUUAGCAUUUGCUUUUGGGAAACUUUGGAGAAAGUUUGUGCAAUAUCAUCAAGUAUAUUUUAAAAAAGUAAAUAAAUUAUGCUAGUGGAACCUGAAUACAAAUGGUAUGAGAAUUAGAACUGUUGAUAAAGUGCAAGUGAAACACAAAUUACUUAGGUUGUGUCUACAUGACAAAGUUUGAUUGGCGUGCACCUGCAGACUUUUAAAUACACUUGGGCACGCACACACUUGGGUGCUUGUGUUGGCGCUGUGCAUACUCACCAUAAGUGUAAAAUGGGGUGCACCAGAGCUAGGUAUCCCAGUAUGCCCCAUGGCACCAUCUGGUGCAAUGCCCUGUGGGAUAUUUUUACUGGGCUUUGUGAAAUACCAGGGAUUUCUGGGAACUAGGGGUCAAUUUUCCACCAUGCCACUUUCUUCGUCCUGUAGUGCUUGCCCCAAUCCCAUAAUUUUUGCACCAUUUUAAAAAACUUCCACAGUCCUACAAACUGCUUUCCUGUCUCUACCAUCUCUGGCAAAAGCCUGGACCCUGCACAGCUCUGCACAAUUCUCAUGAGUGUUGCUAAUACAAGGCAAACAAUUCUCCUGUAUUUGCAGAACGUGAAUGAGUACUACUACAAUUGCUCGUGCAGUGAGGAAGAUGCAGAGAUGUUUAAGCACAAUGACUGGAUGGAGAUAGACAUAGCGGGGGGCUGGGAGUAGAGAUCCAGAGCAGCUCCACAUGGUGAAUCUCUGGGUCUGGGCCUGAGAAACUAGUACUGAUUGGUGGGAUUGUAUUGUAAUGCAGGUUUAGGAUGACGAACAGCAGCUGCAGAACUUUCGGAUGCAAAAGGCCAUGUUCCUGGAUCUUUGUGGCAAGCUCACUCCAGCCCUCCAGUGCAGACACACCAAAAUAAGAGCUGAAUUGACAGUGGAGAAGCAAGUGGCAAUUUGGAUUCUGGAAACUUGCAAUACCAGAUUGCUAUCAAUCACUGGCCAAUCAUGUUGCAGUUGGAAAACCCACAGGGGGAGCCACUGUCAGACAAAUGUGUAAGGCUGCACAGGACUGUGACUUGGCAAUGUGCAGGAAAUAGUGGCUGGACUUUCAGCAAUGGGGUUUCCAAACAGUGGUGGGGUGACAGACAGACAGAUAUACUUUUAAGUGUGGCUGAUCCUGUGGUUUUCACAGGUCAGUGUAUGUGUAGCUAUGGCUCUCCUGGUUUCCCCCCAGUGUGGCGUGGUAGCAGUAAAGAUGUAUACCAUAUUGCCACUUGUUACAUGGGGGCGGGUGGGUAUCAGACCAUGGUGUUUUCCAAGGCCUGGAAAAGCUACUGAGUCUGAGGUCUCUGGGCAUAUAGGUCAAUAAUGCUCUGUAACAUCUAAGUUUGUUGUCCUAGCAAACCCAUCAUGUCCUAAUGCACUUCCCAGAAUGCCUUUUGGUCCUUUUCCUUCUCCUGCAGCAACCGCUUUCUCCAUUCUUGGUCUUUCUACAUUGUCACGGUCAUAUGUCUUCUCCAAGCCCUGUGUUUACAGUCUGAGUUUGUAGAGGAUUGGAAGAUCUCACAGAACAUAUUCUCCCUAGUCCAUUUCUUUCUCCUCCUGAUCAGGAUCAAAUAUUUAGCAGAUCUGGAGGGGGCACCUCUCAAGACUACCAGGUCAGAGGUUGCUGAUUAAAACAGACCGAUAUUGCAUUAGAUUUAUACCUACAAUGGAAAGGGAAUGAUAAGUCUAAAAUCUCUCAUACGUUAUUUCCUGUAAUAAGAAAUCCUGGUUGUCACUUCAGUUUUGGAGCGACUCGCUACAGCACCACUCUGCAGCUCAAGCCAUGGUGAGUGGGGUUGUUCUUUUGCAUGGAAGGUUUAAAUGCUAGGUGCCCCUGGGUGUGGGUAUAGGCAAAGUGCAGUGAAUAUUGGCAGUAUUUUCACAGGCAGUGAUAACUUUGGCUGAUAUCUCGGCACGGACAGCCCUACUGCCAAUGGCAUCCCAAAACUACCUAGGCCCAUAUGCUGCACAGAUAGGCUAUUUACUGCAAUGGUGCCAGCCAAAUGCAACACAGAGUGUCAUGGAAAAAUCUCUCAUCGGGGGUGAAGAAAAAAGGCUAUCAUCCCUAGCAAGGUUUGGGAGAAGAUCGCAGAGGUUCUCCAUGGACAUCACCAUUCAAAUUAACAAAGUUCUCUGCAUGACCCCUGCCCAGCCCAGCAAACCAAAGAAUAGAAAAGUGGAUGCCAAUUCUAUCUCUGAUUGCUCUUCCUCUGCCUGAGCACAGAGCAAUAAUCUGGUGUGAAUUGUGUAACCAGACUGCCAUAUUACUCUCUGAAUUUAUUCUCUACUAUUUUUUUCUAACAUUAUACCAGUUUUUGUUCUCUGCAUUUGCUGAUGAGAUGGGCACCCUUUUUUAAAUGGUGAAGAAGAGCAAGAUGGGAGGGAGAUGAGAUUACUGGCAAUAAAAAAAGGGGGGAAUUGAUUAUAAAGAAUAAUGUCUGUACACACUUGCUAACACUCCCUUCCUAUCAGCCAGCUCAUCUGUGUUCAGAUGGUGGGACUGGUUUGAGUCUGAUGGAAAUUUAGACUGCUUCUGGCAUGGUUUUUCCCCUUCUCCUUACAACAGGUAUGCAAUUCAGGCUCCUGCAAAACAUCCACAAUAGAAUGCAGGGUGCUGGUAGGGUCACUGCCAAGUAUGGCCUGCAGGUCAUUCUAAAAAUGGCAGGUCUACAAGUUAGCAUCAGAUUUCUUGUUGCCUCCCUCUCCUUCUGGUAUCCCUGACAAAGUCACUUCAUUUUCACACAGAACUGCUGGUCAUCUCUGUUGUGCUGCAGUUUCAGUAUCCCCUGUGCAAUUUGCACAUAGAUGUCUAUAUUUCCACAGCUAUUCCAUAGAUUUUACAGUCUCUUCUCCCCACAGGCCAAGGAGAUCCAAGACUUCUUGUUUACUCCAGGUAGGAGCAUGUCUAGUAGCAUCUAUGUGCAGAGCCAGCAUGGCCAGAGGCACACAACAAAGGUAGGCUGGUAGGUGUGCUUGCCAAGGUAGGCAAUCAGGAAGAGUCAUUUCAGAAUCAUACGGGAGAUGCUAAUAGAGAGGUGGGAUGGUUAAUGGAUUCCAGUCUCUGUGACUGUUGGCACUGGAGUUCAAAAUUGUUACGGGGACAUGCAUAUUGCGAGACAGUUGCUGGACGACUGCUAGGAUCAGCGGAGGUAAUUCAGUAUUUACACUUGCACUGCAUCAACCUUAGUAGGCCCACCGUGGCUCUCUGACACUCAAGGAGGUGGUGCUGUGUGGAUGGGCACUUAUUUUGGUAGGAGAUAGGCAUUGGUUUAGACACAUGCACAACUAGGGUCAACACAAGUGGACUUAAGUUGGCCUAACUUUGUAGUGUAGACCAGGCCUUAGUAAUCUGAAGAAAUCAUGCUUUGAAAUUGGAAAGUACUGUCCUUUUUGUGUUAUGUUUGAUGCUGCAAAAUAUUUUGAUAAAUAUUCAGUUAUGAUUAAUUCAAAAUACCUAAUUUUUUAUACAAAACAUUCACCCUUCCCUGCUGGGAAUAGGGCUGCUGAGUCCUGUGGCAUGUACUAGAAUAUAAUGUAUGUUAAGACUAAAAUAUUAAUAAGUACAAACAAACAUGAAUAAUAGUUUGUGUUUUUUAGCAACUGAAGUUAUUCUGGGUUAAUAUUUAAUUUAUUAGCAUAGCCACUUCUCUCAUUUCAUCAUUUUUGUUUUUGCCCAGCCCUAGUGCUUAAGCUAAAAAAGUAUUUCUGACUGACUGCACAGCAGGUCUGUGUUCUCUACUGCUGAAUUUAUGCUUGAAUUAUAUUGUAAAUUGUAUAUAUUCAAAUUAGAAUAAACUAAUUGCAUUUUCUGGCAUGCAAUCUAUAAUUGUAUAAAUGUACAAGUUUUUUUGGAUUAUACAAAAUUACAAACUCUUGUAUUCGUUAA